AUGACUACGGCGCUACCUAUGUCCGUGAAGCACUCGCACACUAUAUCACACAAAAUCAAGUGGCUAUCAAUAGAUUCUCGCGGUCAUGGCAACACGACAGUCACAUUGGACUCUGUCCAUGCCAGACCACGACGGAGCUCGGGUACUCAUCCGCUGGCUCGCCGUUCGGAUACGGCUCUUGUGAGCCUCAGUCCAGAUACAGAUGCUGUUAGUGCCGGUAUUCAAGGGUUCCGUGUUGGGCAAGUACGAGCCGUCUUCGCACUUCCAGCCAAAUCAAUACCACUCCUCUUCCCACCAACAGUCGAGGUGCCCAACCACCUAGCUUAUAUUGAAUGGUUUACUCCAUUCCUUUCUGCUCCCGAUCGACACCACGGACUUCACAAGCUUUUGCGAUCCAUGGAUGGUGGCGAAAAAGUGGCCAGUGUUGUGCCAUUGGCAAACAUUGUGCGCAGUGUCCAUCUCAUACUGAACUUCGGCGCUGUUGUCCCACGAGAAUGGACGAGCAACACCGUCCUCGAUGAUUGUAACUCAUUUUGGUUAAACUCGUAUUUAGAUAGAUACACUUUCUGUAUUUUCAAAUAA